AUGUCUGAACUCACACGCACUCUGCCAGCAUCUUGGUACUGCAAUGAGCCGCUCUAUCAAAUGGAGCGGCGUGCGGUAUUUCUGAAGUCUUGGUAUCUGCUCGGGCCUGUCACAAGAUUCCAAAACGUCGGCGAGCAUGCAGACUAUGAAAUUGCUCAACAGCCAAUUUAUGCUGUUCGUACUGGAGGAGAUUCUCUGAAUCCAAGCCCAGAACACCUAAAGGUCUUCUGCGCAAAGACGGAAAAAGAACUCCGCAGCCAUGUCACACCAACAGGCCUUCUAUUUUCUUCUAUCUCAGAUGCUGCGCCUAGCUUUCAUGAGUUCUUCCCCGAGCUUGAGCAACUGCUAGGGAAGGUCGAUUUCACCAGAUUGCCAUACCGCCGCAGUAUCCGUUACGAAGGCCGGUUCAACUGGAAGACCAUGGUCGAUGGAUACCAAGAGUGUCUGCAUUGCCAGUACACCCAUCCGUCCUUCUCAAUCUACUACCCGCCCACUUUCUACGCUGUGCACAACAAGCACAACUUCUCCCAGCACAUCGCGGACCCCAAAAAGCCCGACGAUGGUCUUUUCCUCUACUUCUUCCCAAAUUGCACUCUCAACGUCUAUGGUGGUGGGAUGUCUUCGUUCCGUGUGUGUCCCACCGCUGACCCGCAUGUGACCCGCAUGGAAUUUGACUACUACCACCUCGAGACAGGGGACAAGUUUGAAGAAUACUUCAAAUUCGUUCGCCAAGUAGCUAUGGAGGAUUAUGAGCUCUGCGAGAAAGCGCAAGAUAACCUAGCUAAGGGUGUUUACCACGAGGGCAUCCUGAACCCCACCCAGGAGAACGGUGUUUCUUACUACCAGCAACGUGUCUUCGACAUGGUAGUAGAGCAGCAUGAGGCCGACCGAAAGGAGCAGAGUGAAAAAGUUGAACUGGACGAGCGAGAGCAAGCAGCACCGUCUGCAGUGGAAACAGCUGCCUAG